GUCCAGCAGAUCAGGAAAGAGGGAGGAGUUCAAGGAGCCAAGUACUAGGGGAGCGCGCCGGGGAGCUGUCCAGAGAACGCCAGGGUGGAACCUCUGGGUAGGGGGCGAGUGCGCGGAGGAGCGCGGAUCUGCCAGGACAAGUGCAGCCUGGGGACCGUGGCGGAAACUCAAGUGAAAGGCACGCACGGAAGCCGGGCGCGCGUGAUUGGGUUCAGUGAGGUGACAGCGCGCGUCCCUUUUUAUACUCGACCCACUCAACAAGGCCCGCCGCUCUCGGCCGCCACGCAGGCAGCCCUAGUCCUGUUUCUGGCUACCCACAGCCAGUCGCGCCGUGGGUCUUUGGCGCCUUGUUUUGUCUGUCACGGUACCGCUUCUUAGGUCUCCGCCCCGGAAGUGAUAUCACCGAGCGCAAACCCGGGGGUCCCUAAGGCUGCCCCCCCCCCCCCCCGGCGUCUUUAAAGGGAACUCGCAGCUUUGCACUGACAGUGCUCUUGAGCCAAGUUGCUUCUGGGCGGAAGUAGUCCAUCUAGGGCUCGGCCUCUUUAAAGAAACAGACUUCUGCAACCUUGGGACUACGUUUGGGGUCGCCGGCUAUUGGACGGAGCAGCGCAAUUGUUAGCUGAAGCAGAACUGUGUGUGGGACUCAGGCCCUGGCUUGGAGCCAUUUUCUGGGCUAGGCUGUCUGCCCUUCUGUCCCUCUGGAGGGGAAGCCUGCAGUGCCUGUGGACCUACCUCAGAGGCAUGUUCAGGAGUGCAGCAGCCCUCUCGGUGCACCUGAUGUGGCCACUCUGGGGAAGGAAAGCUGGAGCCUCACUCACCCGGUGCUUGCACCAGUCUCUCACCAUGACCAAACGGCUGCAGGCUCGGAGGCUGGACGGGAUUGAUCAAAACCUCUGGGUGGAGUUUGGCAAACUGACCAAGGAGUAUGACGUCGUGAACUUGGGUCAGGGCUUCCCUGACUUCUCGCCUCCGGACUUUGCAACGCAAGCUUUUCAGCAGGCUACCAGUGGGAACUUCAUGCUCAACCAGUACACCAGGGCAUUUGGUUACCCACCACUGACAAACGUCCUGGCAAGUUUCUUUGGCAAGCUGCUGGGACAGGAGAUGGACCCACUCACGAAUGUGCUGGUGACAGUGGGUGCCUAUGGGGCCUUGUUCACAGCCUUUCAGGCCCUGGUGGAUGAAGGAGAUGAGGUCAUCAUCAUGGAACCUGCUUUUGACUGUUAUGAACCCAUGACAAUGAUGGCUGGAGGUUGCCCUGUGUUCGUGACUCUGAAGCCGAGCCCUGCUCCUAAGGGGAAACUGGGAGCCAGCAAUGAUUGGCAACUGGAUCCUGCAGAACUGGCCAGCAAGUUCACACCUCGCACCAAGAUCCUGGUCCUCAACACACCCAACAACCCUUUAGGAAAGGUAUUCUCUAGGAUGGAGCUGGAGCUGGUGGCUAAUCUGUGCCAGCAGCACGAUGUCUUGUGCAUCUCUGAUGAGGUCUACCAGUGGCUGGUCUAUGACGGGCACCAGCACGUCAGCAUCGCCAGCCUCCCUGGCAUGUGGGAUCGGACCCUGACCAUCGGCAGUGCAGGCAAAAGCUUCAGUGCCACUGGCUGGAAGGUGGGCUGGGUCAUGGGUCCAGAUAACAUCAUGAAGCACCUGAGGACAGUGCACCAGAAUUCUAUCUUCCACUGCCCCACCCAGGCCCAGGCUGCAGUAGCCCAGUGCUUUGAGCGGGAGCAGCAACACUUUGGACAACCCAGCAGCUACUUUUUGCAGCUGCCACAGGCCAUGGAGCUGAACCGAGACCACAUGAUCCGUAGCCUGCAGUCAGUGGGCCUCAAGCUCUGGAUCUCCCAGGGGAGCUACUUCCUCAUUGCAGACAUCUCAGACUUCAAGAGCAAGAUGCCUGACCUGCCCGGAGCUGAGGAUGAGCCUUAUGACAGACGCUUUGCCAAGUGGAUGAUCAAAAACAUGGGCUUGGUGGGCAUCCCUGUCUCCACAUUCUUCAGUCGGCCCCAUCAGAAGGACUUUGACCACUACAUCCGAUUCUGUUUUGUCAAGGACAAGGCCACACUCCAGGCCAUGGAUGAGAGACUGCGCAAGUGGAAAGAGCUCCAACCCUGAGGAGGCUGCCCUCAGCCCCACCUCGAACACAGGCCUCAGCUAUGCCUUAGCACAGGGAUGGCACUGGAGGGCCCAGCUGUGUGACUGCGCAUGUUUCCAGAAAAGAGGCCAUGUCUUGGGGGUUGAAGCCAUCCUUUCCCAGUGUCCAUCUGGACUAUUGGGUUGGGGGCCAGUUCUGGGUCUCAGCCUACUCCUCUGUAGGUUGCCUGUAGGGUUUUGAUUGUUUCUGGCCUCUCUGCCUGGGGCAGGAAAGGGUGGAAUAUCAGGCCCGGUACCACCUUAGCCCUGCCGAGGCUCUGUGGCUUCUCUACAUCUUCUCCUGUGACCUCAGGAUGUUGCUACUGUUCCUAAUAAAGUUUUAAGUUAUUAGGACCCUCAA